AUGAAUGACGCCGAUGAGGAUAGUCUUGAUUUCGAUAUCACCAUUUCGGGUUCGGUCAAUUCCGCUACCGAUCCGCUGACACCGCCGCCGACGAUUCGCAAAUCGUUUAGCCAUCGAAUUCAGAAACGCCUCGCUGUCCUCGCCGUAAUCAUAUUCGUUGUAUUUCUCGCGAUAUCGAUCAUCCUCGUGCUCGUCAGCAUGCAUCGAAUUUAA